AUGGCAGUACCAAAGAGACGACAGUCAAGCGCCAAAUCAGGAAUGCGUAAACAGCAUUGGCAACGUAAAGCGCUUGAAGCAGCACGUAAUGCAUUAUCAUUAGGAAAAUCAUUAACAACGCGUAAUGCAAAAGGAUUUUUCUACCCACCAGCUCCAGUAGCAGGUGUACUAAACGAGAACGUACAAGGUUUUGGAAAAUCAACAGAAACAGAAGAGUAA